AUGUUGCCAAAUAAAUAUCUAAUUAAUGCUCUAACUUGUGCAGGCGGACCUACCUAAGAGGCACCAAGCCUACUUGGGAAGACGAGCAUCAUGAAGAUACACAUAUGGCUACAGAAUACUUCGUAUUGCGCUCAGCAAACCAUGCAGGAUGAUUUACUGAUGGACAAAAACAAAGCCCAACCUCAUCAGCAGCAAGAUCCAGCAGUAGACCCUCCCUCCACCCCGACCCCCUCGGAUCCCCCUACAUUAGAUGAGAGCCCGUCGAGUGUGAGCAACCAAGCAUCUUCAGCGCUCAACAAAGAGAAAGUGCCGAUGGAGUCUCCGAUCCUGCCAGGCUUGAGUUUUCAUCAGCUGCAGGAAACCGGUGGCACCCUGGCCCCCUCAUUUGGUAGCACUUGGUCUACUGGAACUACGAACACCGUGGACGACAAUUUUAAUCAAGGAAUACCUUCGGUGAACGGAACAAUGCUUUUCCAGAACUUCCCUCACCACAUAAAUCCGGUAUUUGGAGGCAAUUUCUCACCUCAGCUUGGCUUGGCACAGUCUCAGCAUCCACAGCAGCAAGCCCAGCACCAGCCAGCGCAGCAACGGAGAUCCCCUGUUAGCCCCAACCACGGUCCUUUUCCACAGAGAAACGCUUACAGUCACCCGUCUGUCAUGAAUAGCAAGGCUUCUUCACCUGCCUCAUCUUCGGGUUGGAAUAAUCACCAAAAUGCCACUUGGAGCACAGCCUCCAAUCCAUGGAGCGGUCUCCAGGCAGGCAGGGAUCCGCGAAGAGUCGGGGUUGGUGUGGGGGUCGGUGUAGGGGUGCCUUCUUCCAUGAACCCCAUCUCCCCGAUGAAAAAGCCCUAUUCUAGCAACGUUAUAGCACCCCCAAAAUUCCCGAGAGCUGGUCCCCUCACCCAGAAAUCUUGGAUGGAGGACAACGCCUUAAGGACGGACAACAGCAACAAUAUGCUGCCUUUUCAGGACCGGAAUCGGCCCUUUGAUGCAUUUAGCUUGCACUCUUUGGAGAAUUCCUUAAUGGAUAUGAUAAGGACUGAUCAUGACAAAGGUAAACCACACCUUGCUGGUGGCCCACCAAUGAGUGUCGCUGAUAUUAUAUGGAGGAAUCAUUUUGCAGGACGCAUGGGUCUGAACUUUCACCACCCCGGAGCAGAGCACAUUAUGCCAUUAAACAGUCGCUCUUCACUCUUUCCCUUUGAGGACGGUUUCCUGGACGACGGGCACGGUGACCCCUCUCUGACCCCGGGGUUGGACUCGCCCACGCGCUGUCAGAACGAAGAGCGGAUGGAGCGCUACUCCAGGAAGGUGUUUGUUGGAGGCCUGCCCCCUGACAUAGAUGAAGAUGAGAUCACCAACAGCUUCCGUCGCUAUGGACACCUGGUUGUGGAUUGGCCCCACAAAGCCGAGAGCAAGUCCUACUUUCCACCUAAAGGCUAUGCCUUCCUGCUGUUCCAAGAGGAGACCUCUGUCCAGGCCCUGAUUGAUGCCUGCAUUGAGGAAGAUGGCAAGCUUUACCUGUGUGUCUCCAGCCCAACUAUCAAGGACAAGCCAGUCCAGAUCCGCCCCUGGAACCUAAGUGACAGUGACUUUGUGAUGGACGGCUCCCAGCCGCUGGACCCCCGAAAGACCAUCUUUGUGGGGGGCGUGCCCCGGCCUUUACGUGCAGUGGAACUAGCAAUGAUCAUGGACAGGCUGUAUGGCGGCGUGUGCUAUGCCGGCAUCGACACUGACCCGGAGCUCAAGUACCCCAAGGGGGCGGGCCGCGUGGCCUUCUCCAAUCAGCAGAGCUACAUCGCUGCCAUCAGCGCCCGAUUCGUUCAGCUGCAGCACAAUGACAUUGACAAACGGGUUGAGGUGAAGCCCUACGUCUUGGACGACCAGAUGUGUGACGAGUGCCAGGGGGCGCGUUGCGGGGGGAAGUUUGCCCCCUUCUUCUGUGCCAACGUCACCUGCCUGCAGUACUACUGUGAGUACUGCUGGGCCAGUAUCCACUCCCGGGCGGGCCGAGAGUUCCACAAGCCACUGGUGAAGGAGGGGGGAGACCGCCCUCGACAAGUGUCCUUCCGCUGGAGCUGAGGGGGUCGAGAUGAGCCCUCGCGCCCCCCCCCCCCCCCCCCCUCCCCACCACCUCGACAUCAGUGAAGAGAACUACAAAUACAUGGUUCUUUCUCUUUCAAACUACAACGCUUGACUACAAACUCAUUGUCCAGUGUGCCCUUAUGAUAAUAGGGUGGGAAAAAAAAUGUAUUGCGUAAGUCUAUCUGCUUAGAAUUUGCACUGUGGCACAAAUACUCACUAAACACACAUGGGAUGGUAUGUUAGAGAAACCUGAUUUAUGUUUGAGUCCCCUGUUCCAUGACCGGGUGGGUCAGUGUCUCCUGUAGAACCCCACUGAGCUCUGGUAGAAGUGAUACUAUACAGUACAUAUAUAUUUAAAAGGUAUAUAUUUUUUGGUUUUAUAUAUCUAUCUAUACAUGUAUAGAUAAUUACAUUCUAUGUGAAAGGAACAUGCACUUAUUAUUAUUUUUUUUAGGAUAUUUCCCCUUGUAAAAAAUAUUACCAAAGGAAAAAAUAGAAUUAAUGCAUACAGAAAAACGGAAUAGGUGGCAUAAGAUGUAGCAAGACUAAACAAUUAUCCAGUAGUGUGGGCCACAGUAGCCCAGAUAAAACUAACAUGGCUAUAUUUUCUCUCUAUUUUGACUUUGAAAAUAGUAAAAUGAAUACCUCAAGGCGAAAUCCGAUUUUGCUUUGCUUUUGAUUAGUAGGUCUUUGGUUUUUUUUCAACAUUAUUUUCUAGCAAUAUGUUAAUGUAUUGUCACAAUAGCUUUUGCUGCUAAAUCCAUGGUAUUAACAGAUACCGUAGUAAUUUAUUCAGGCUAGGGUGUUAUAGCAAUUAUGAUCGCACCUGGUGACAAGGAUGAUGACAGGCUAUCAUUGUAGGUAGACUUGCGGUUGGGCCAGUAACCGAAAGGUCGCUGUUUUGAAUCCCCGAGCCGACUGUGAUAAAUCUGUUGAUCUGCCCAUGAGCAAGGCACUUAAACCCUAAUUGCUCCUGUAAGUAGCUCUGGAUGAGAGCGUCUGCUAUUUUUUUUUAUAAUGAUGAGGGGGGGUUGUCCAUUACUGAAUUAUGCCUAGUAUGUUGCGGGGUAAAUGGGGGGGGGGGGGGGGGUCACCCCUUAAUAUAUGUAUACAGUAUUUCAAUCAAGUUGCUGCAUGCAAUAUAAUUUCAGUAUCAUGUCUACUAUUCAAUUCUGCCCAUGUUUGCACAACAUGCUAUAGGUGUACGUACAACUAGCAAGGAACUGGACACAAUAGGGAAGACAGACUGGUCAAAAAUCCAACACCUUCAGUGAGAUAUAAGUUAAUAACCACAGGGGCAGUAUGAACACUGCUUCUGCACAAGGUGGCUAACCUAACCAGAUGACGAAAACGUAAUAUGAAUCAUGAAUCCAACGAGAUGUAGGAUAUAUCAUUUAAGCUGUCUAUGAUAGAUGUAGUACUUUUUUGCAGUGAUUUGUUAAUAUAAUUGUGGAAUUUUUUAUACCAUAUGUAGUAAGGUCUGAGUAUGCCUAUAACUGUGAUCUGCUUUAACUGUUGUUGAUGUCCGACAAAAGUCAUGUGAAACUUCAUGAGCUAGUUUAUGCACACGUAUUUACGUUCUCUCGUACACACAUUCACACAAAUACAAACACCAGACCAGGGUUCAAAUACAUAUGUAUUUUAGUAUUCUUUUUUUAUACUUAUUUUCUGUGUAUUUGAGUAUUUUCUAAUAAUGUGGCCUGAAUCAACUACUUCUAUUAUAAGUAUUUGAAAGUAUUUUCAAAUAAUUUCCUAUAAAAGCCUACUAUAUUAAAGUAUUUUCAAAAACCAGAAUUAACUGCAUGGGUGUGUAUUUGAGUAUUUUCAAAUACUUUCCAAGUGUAUUUCCAAAUACAUUCCAAUAUUCAACUGCUUGUAUUUUCAAAUCAAAAAUAUAUUUUGAAAGUAAUUAAAAUAACCUAAAUAGUAUUUGAACCCAGGUCUGACACACACUCACUUUACACAGGUUCUCGUUCUCUUACACACAAACACACACCUAUGCACACAAAGUCUGACCCAAACACUCAGAACAUAUGACACAGACUUAAGUGAGCUUGACUCUGAGAAACACAGAACCACUGUCUGUACCGUUGACAAAGUGUAGGAUCAUGUCCCCAAAAAACCAAAGAGCUCACAUAUGUUCAACUUAAACCACCAACACAUACGGAGACCACAUGAUACUGCGCGAAGCAUUAAACCCCAUGUCUGUGGGCUUCAAGGUGCAAGUUAGAAACAUUUGUACUGUUGUGGUGACAAGGCAUUAAAGACAGUGAUGAGAAGACAGACCGAACAUUGAAGUUACUGGAGACUUGUGGUUUAGUUAACUGAGCUUCUCAGCACGCACAUAACGUUGUCUCGACAUGGCUACGGGGUUGUAAUAACAUUGCCAGAACAUUGUGUGCUAUCUGGGUUUACCGUAUUUAUCCCGAUUUUCCUGCAAAGCUUGAAGUAGAAUAAUGACCUGCUAAAAUGGUGGACAUUUUAUUUUUAUCGGAAAAAACUACAAAAAAAGAGACUAACCAUGAGUAAUAAUAAGUAUCCCUAUGAAAGUGAAUUCUGGGUGUUUUUGUGAUAUUUCUUUCCCCGCCUAGAAGGGUUUUCUAUGUUUGUUCCUUCUCUAUAAUAGACAUUUGUUAUGCACUACUCUUUCUAUUUGGACAGUUUUCAAGUCAGCUAUUUUUUUGGUUGAGAAAAACGAAAAAGCGUGCUUUCUGACUGACAUGAUCUUUUUGCAAUACCUCAAUUUUGAAAUAUAUUAGGAGGGAAAUUGAUAUUUUCUAAGUUUAUUCAAAUUUAAAAAAAGUAAUUACGUUUAUUCGAGAGAUGAUUUAACAAGUGGUUGAUUUUAUUUUUUGUCAUGCUUAUUUGCUUAAUUUGAAGUUGUAUAUUUUUUUUAAACAACUGAAGGAGCUUGAGCAUUAUAGCUUUAAUAUAAUGAUGUUAGCUGAAGUAAAGACUCUACCUUAUUACAGAGGCGCUUAGAGUGAGUUUCCCGCUGGUCUGACAACCCGUGAAAGCGCAGAGUCACUAAAACAAACAUAUGAGUGGUAGUCUUCCAAGGAAAACAUUAGUCCACAAAAAAAAAAAUCUACGGAAUAAGUCUAUUAGGUGCUUAGAAAGAUAACUGAAGAUUCUUCCCUUUUUUGUAUAUUUAUAAUCAAUAAUUUACUAUGCUGACCAGAAUUGUGAAAGAGAUCUUUUGUUCAUGUUAUUUUUUAAGAACACUUUUUUUACGUUUCCUAAAAGUAUGUGCUCCCUUUAUUGUUUUGUAAAAGCAACAUGCCUUGAUUUGUUAGCCUGACAUUGUUUAAAAAGAGACUGAGCAGAUGGAGGUGGAAAGAAAUAUGUACUUUUUUUUAAAUUAAGAGAUACAAGUGUAACUUGAUUUCAACUGUAACUUGAUCGAAAGUCCCCAAGGUGCAUCAAUUGAGUGGUGGCCUUCUAUUCGCGCAAGACUUGAAUUAGUCAAAAAAUUAAGGCUAAGAACCUGUUCUUUGUUGUAAUGUGCAAUACUGUUUGUACUGUUUGUAAAAAAAGAAGAAACUUUGAAAAAAAGAGGGCGGCAUAAAUCUUUAUUUUCAUUGCAUUGUGAUUCACUAAAAUCAUUUUCUACUGUUUAUUUACCUACUCUACAUGCUAGUACCUUCCAGUAGUAAUGUAGCCUUUGUAUUGAGAACAUUUUCAUUAUUUUUUGAGAUUUUUGCUAAAAUGAAAAGACUUUAAACAUAUUUAAAUAUUUUUAUUUUGUGUUUUCUUUACUUAUUUCUCAACCAUUAAGUUAUUUCUGGGGGAGACUUUCAAAUCUGGUCAAUGUCAUUAAUAUUAUUUAGCAUUUUUAUAUUAAAUAAAUUCAUUUUAUGAUGCUAAUUCUUUAAAAAAUAUAUUUUUGUUUUGUUUGACUAUUUUAUUUUUGGAAGUUGAAAAACCUUUGUAAUAUUGUUACUUAAGUGUCUAGAUUUUGGAAAUGUAAAGCCUAUGUUAACUUGCUGAUGUUGCUUACAUUAGUGUGACGAUAGUAGAAGAAAUACAAAAAAGAACACAAUGACAUUUGGUAUUACGUGGUUGGUAAUGUAAAACAAACUAAUAGGCAAUACAAUAAAAAGGCAGAAUGGA